GUCAAAUAUAUGUCAAAAUUAAUUCGAAUCUGAAAUCGACAAAAAUACACAGGAAAAUGUAAUCAUAAAUUCUACUACGAUUAAUUAUGUGAAAACAAUUAUCAUAGUGAUAUAUUACCAGUUGCAACUAGCAUCAUGGCUCUGAAUUUGGAGAGCUGCGACAGCCUGCCUCCAGACGAGGAGCCAAAACUCAAAUAUGAUCGAAUGGGAAACGAUGUCCAAAAUAUACUUCUCAAAGACGCAGUUAGCUGCAUUUGUGUGCAUACAAAAUUCAUCUGCCUUGGCACUCAGUGGGGCGUGAUACAUUUACUCGAUCAUGAAGGUAACAUAGUGCCUAUAACUCAAGAUGGCAAAGACAAAGAAUUACAGGCUCAUGCAAUCGCUGUCAAUAAGAUAUCGGUGGACAUAAAGGGUGACUACAUUGCAAGUUGUUCUGACGACGGGAAAGUACUCGUACAUGGACUGUAUACUACUGAGAACACACAUAGCCUUGUCCUAGGGCGGUUAGUGAAGUCUGUAGCCUUAGAUCCAUAUUAUUUCAAGUCAGGUUCUGGUCGAAGAUUUCUCACAGGAGACAACAAACUGACUCUGUAUGAGAAAACAUUUUUAAAUCGCCUCCGUAGUACUGUUUUGUUUGAAUGUGAAGGAAAUGUUCAAGCUAUAGCAUGGCACGAAAGAUUUAUAGCCUGGGCCAGUGAAGUUGGUGUUCGAGUCUAUGAUCUUCAAGCGAGAUGCUCAUUAGGGCUGAUUCAAUGGGAAAAAAAUACUAGUACAUCCAUAGAAGAUUACCGUUGCAAUCUGCUGUGGUCUGCAGCAAAUACAUUAAUGAUUGGAUGGGUUGAUACUGUUCGCAUUUGUAUAAUUAGAAAACGAAAUCAGAUAGAGCUUCAGACUCGAGAUGUUACAGAAUACCUUGUGGAUCCUGUAUAUACUUUUCAAACUGACUAUUUCAUCAGUGGUUUGGGACCUUUUGAUGAUCAACUGGUUUUACUCGGUGUACCGAAAGAAUGUGAUUCAGAAACUGGCAAAGCCCAAAGGCCUGUACUCAGUAUUGCAGACUAUAAGGAUUGUGAAUUUUGUGAAGUUUCAAAUGACAGCUUAAACAUCCGAGGAUAUGAAGAGUACUCAUGCAAUGACUAUUAUCUGGACAUGCUCAUUGAGGAAAAUAGAUUCUUUAUUGUUUCACCUAAAGACAUAGUGGUUGCCAGUCCAUUUGAUAUUGAUGAAAGAAUCAAUUGGCUUGUGGAACAUGGCCGCUAUGAAAAAGCAAUGGCUGUUCUAGAAGAAGUCGGUGGCAAGACUUCUAAACAUUCUUUGGUGGUGGUCGGAGUACAAUAUUUAGACCAUUUGCUAAUUGAACAUAUGUAUGAAGAAGCAGCUAUUCUGUGUGCAAGAAUUUGUAAGAAUGAUAAAGUAUUAUGGGAAAAUCAGGUAGUCAAGUUUUCUAAUGUAGAACAACUGCGAGCCAUUAGUCCAUUUGUGCCUAAAAAUCCAGAUUAUGCACUUAGCCCUCAUAUAUAUGGAUUAAUACUUACUGAAUAUCGUGUUAUCCAUAAGGAUCCACAAGGAUUUCUGAAACUGAUUCAAGAAUGGAAUCCUAAGCUGUAUAACAUAGGUAUAAUUAUCAAAGAGGUGCUGGAACACUUGCUGACUACAGAAGUAGACAAGAAUGUGUACUUGGAAGCACUAGCUUUACUGUACUGUUAUCAGAAAAAAUAUGACAAAGCUUUAACAACAUACCUCACACUCCAACAUAAAGAUGUGUUCAAACUCAUCACACAAUAUAAGAUGUAUAAUGUAUUACAUGACAAAAUAUUGGAUCUCAUGACCCUUGACUCAAAUAAGGCCAUAACACUACUCUUAGAAAUAAAAAUUCCAGUAGAAGUAGUAGAAAAACAGCUGGAAAAUCAUGAUUUUUUAUUAUUUCAAUACCUUGUUGCCUAUAGUAAAAAAGAACCAAAUGGCAAGUACCAUGGAAAACUAGUAAGGUUGUAUGCUAAAUUUGCGAGAGACAAACUAUUACCUUUCCUGAAAUGCAGUGACAACUAUCCUAUACAGGAAGCCCUAGAUGUUUGUCAGAGCAAUGAAUUUUACCCAGAAAUGGUAUUCCUGCAAGGCCGUAUAGGAAAUACAAGGGAAGCCCUCCAAAUCAUAAUUGAACAAUUGCAUGACAUAAGGCAAGCAAUAGAUUUUUGUCAAGAACAUAAUGACAAGGAAUUGUGGACUGAUCUGAUAAGCAAAACUGUAGAUAAACCUGAAUAUGUGUCAUUACUUCUCAAAAGAAUAGGGAACUAUGUGGAUCCCAGGAUGCUUAUACAAAACAUUAAACCUGGUUGUGAAAUAAAGGACCUGAAGGACUCACUAGCCAAGAUGAUGUGUGACUACCGGCUACAGCUGUCCGUACAGGAGGCGUGUAAGGUGAUCACUCUGAGAAACUACUUUGAUCUGCACGAGAAACUUAUCAUUGGACAACAGAGGGGCAUAUCAGUGACAGAUGACUUUUUGUGUUGUGUUUGCCAAGGGCGGAUUAUAAUUAAAGACUUAUCCAAUGCUUCUGACUUGAAGGUGUACAACUGUAGGCACUCGUUCCACAUAGAAUGUCUGCCAGACGGGGCACAGUGCAGCUACUGUACUGUGUGCAAUGCAGUCAAAAUGUGACCCCCCAUAUCAAAGCUCAAUAUUUGUGUAUAGUAACAUUAUUGGUAUACCUACUACUGUAUAAUAUUUUUUCAUGUAAGUACUUGUUAUUAAUUGUAUAUUUAAUUCUAUGAUAAUGUACUAAUUAAUUGUUUUUAUAUCAUCAAUAUGGUGCUUUUAAUCAAUUGGCUUGUAUUAUUUUUCCUUGUAUGAGAAUGACUAUGUAUGUAAUAAUAAUACUGACUCAUUUGUUUUUAUACAAUGCCUGUGGAUCAAAUAAAGUUUUAACAUAAUUAUGUAACUAAA